AUGCCGCUGUUCCAGUGGGGGGCCGCCGCCAGGGGCAGCAAGCUUGAUGGGGACAGAGCUCAGCCCAUGGACAACACGGAAGGCUUGAGGGUGUUUCUGCACUGGGCGGGCCCUGGCGGCGGGGAGCCCUGGGUCACCUUCAGGGAAGCCUCUCUGACAGCUGAAGAAGUCUGCCUCAACAUUGCACACAAGAUUGGUAUCACUCCAUCCUGUUUCAAUCUCUUCGCUCUCUUCAAUGCCCAGGCGCAAGUCUGGCUGCCCCCAAACUACAUUCUAGAGGUCCCCAGAGACACCAGCCUGAGCCUGCACUUCCGCAUGAGGUUUUAUUUCCGGAACUGGCAUGGUAUGAAUCCUCAGGAGCCGACAGUAUACCGCUGUGGGCCCCCUGGGGACCAAGCUUCCUCAGAUCAAACAAAGCAGGGGCUGCAGUUCCUAGACCCAGCCUCCUUUGAGUACAUCUUUGAGCAGGGUAAGCAUGAGUUUGUGAAUGAUGUGGCUUCUCUGUGGGACCUGUCGAGCGAGGAGGAGAUCCACCACUUCAAGAACGAGAGCCUGGGCAUGGCGUUUCUGCACCUCUGCCACCUUGCUCUCCAACGUGGCGUCCCCCUGGAGGAGGUGGCUAAUAAAAUCAGCUUUAAAGACUGCAUCCCACGUUCCUUUCGGCUGCAGAUCCGACAGCACAACGCUCUGACGCGGCUGCGCCUGCGCAGAAUCUUCCGCAAGUUCCUGCAGGCCUUCCAGCCUGGCUGCCUCUCGCAGCAGCAUGUCAUGGUCAAGUACCUGGCCACGCUCGAGCGACUGGCCCCCCGCUUUGCCACUGAGCGUGUGCCCGUGUACCACCUGGAACUGCUGGCCCAGGCUGAGGGGGAACUCUGCCGCACUCAGGGACCCAGGCAGGCCUCUCUGGACCUGGAAUCUGAGCCUGCCAUCAGACACCCUACCCAUGAGGUGCUAGUGACAGGCACCAGGGGCAUCCAGUGGCGGAUGGUACAGGCAGAGGUGAGAAGGGAUUUUGCUGGCAGCAGCCACGGCGGCAAGAAUCCUCCCUCGAGCCCUUCUGCGAAGAAAGCCCAGGCUCAAGAGGCAGAUGAGCAGCUGGUGGGCAGGUGGAAGGGGCUGCCCUGGGCCACCUUCUGCGACUUCCAGGACAUCAGUCACCUGGUGAUGAAGGAGCACCACAUCAGCAUCCACCGUCAGGACAACAAGUGUCUGAAGCUGACUCUGCCUUCCCGGGCCGCGGCCCUGUCUUUGGUGUCACUGGUGGAUGGCUAUUUCCGGCUGACAGUUGACUCGAGCCACUACCUGUGCCAUGAGGUGGCUCCCCCACGGCUGGUGAUGAGUCUCCAGGAUGGCAUCCACGGAGCCCUGCUUGAUCCAUUUGUGCUGGCCAAGCUUCAGUCCGAUGACGGUCACUACCUUAUCCACUGGAGCACUAGCCACCUCAACCGCCUUAUCCUCACGGUCGCCCAGCAUGACCAGGCCUCCGGCUCUCGGAGCAUGCGCUUACGGAAAUUCACCAUUGAGCAGCAGGCUGGGACCUUCACACUGGAGGGCUGGAGCCGGCCCUUCCCCAGUGUGGGGGAGCUGCGGGCCGCCCUGCAGGGCUGCUCACUACGUGUUGGGGAUGACUGCUUCUCCCCACGCCAUUGCUGCCUGCCACGGCCAGGAGAACUCUCCAACCUCAUUAUCAUGCGGGGGCCUCGGGCCACACCACUCAACCUGAGCCAGCUCAGCUUCCACCAGGUCCACCGAGAGGAGAUCACCCAGCUGUCCCACUUGGGCCAGGGUACUAGGACCAACGUGUAUGAGGGCCUCCUGCGUGUCAGGUGCAGGGACCCCGAAGACAAGGAUGAUGAUGGGGAGCCCCCCACAGUGAGCGGGGGCUGUGGGCAGGAGCUCCGAGUGGUGCUUAAGGUGCUGGAAUCCAGUCACCACGACAUCGCCCUGGCCUUCUAUGAGAUAGCCAGCCUCAUGAGCCAGGUCUCCCACGUGCACCUGGCCUUCGUGCACGGUGUCUGUGUGCACGGCUCUGAGAACAUCCUGGUGACGGAAUAUGUGGAGCACGGGCCGCUGGACGUAUGGCUGCGACGGGAACGGGGCCGCGUGCCUGUGGCCUGGAAGGUGGCAGUGGCCCAGCAGUUGGCCAGUGCCCUCAGCUACCUGGAGGACAAGAACCUGGUUCACGGCAACGUGUGUGGCCGGCACAUCCUGCUGGCUCGGCCUGGCCUGGCAGAGGGCACCAGCCCCUUCAUCAAGCUGAGUGACCCCGGCGUGGGCCUGAGCGUCCUCUCAAGGAAGGAGCUGGUGGAGCGGAUCCCCUGGAUAGCCCCCGAGUGCCUAUCUGGUGGGGCCACCAGUCUGAGUACAGCAGCCGACAAAUGGGCCUUCGGUGCCACCCUCCUAGAAAUCUGCUUUGAUGGAGAGGCCCCCCUGCAGGGCAGAAGCCCCUCUGAGAAAGAGCGUUUCUACCAGAAGCAACAUCGGCUGCCGGAGCCUUCCUACCCGGAGUUGGCCUCCCUCACAGGUCGGUGUCUGACCUAUGAGCCCGCCGGGAGGCCGUCCUUCCGCAGUGUCCUGCGCGACCUCACUCGGCUGCAGCCCCAUGAUCUUGUUAAUGUCUCAGCUGUGAGCCCUGACUCGCCGGCGUCAGACCCCACGGUUUUCCAUAAGCGCUAUUUGAAGAAGAUCCGUGAGCUGGGCGAGGGUCACUUCGGUAAGGUCAGCUUGUACUGCUAUGACCCGACUAACGACGGCACUGGCGAGAUGGUGGCUGUGAAGACCCUCAAGGCGGGCUGCGGCCCCCAGUUCCGCUCGGGCUGGAGGCGCGAGAUCAGUAUCCUGCGCGCUCUUUACCAUGAACACAUCGUCAAGUACAAGGGCUGCUGCGAGGACCCAGGCGAAAUGUCGGUGCAGCUGGUCAUGGAGUACAUGCCUUUAGGCAGCCUCAGGGACUACCUGCCCCGGCAUAGCGUGGGGCUGACGCAGCUGCUGCUCUUUGCUCAACAGAUCUGUGAGGGCAUGGCCUACCUGCACGUGCAGCGCUACAUCCACCGAGAUUUGGCUACGCGCAACGUGCUGCUAGACACCGACAGGCUGGUCAAGAUUGGGGACUUUGGCCUGGCCAAGGCAGUGCCUGAAGGCCACGAGUACUACCGCGUGAGCGAGGACGGGGACAGUCCUGUGUUCUGGUACGCCCCUGAGUGCCUGAAGGAGUGCAAGUUCUACUAUGCCUCAGAUGUCUGGUCCUUCGGGGUCACCCUGUAUGAACUGCUGACCCGCUGUGACUCCAGACAGAGCCCCCCCUCGAAAUUCAUGGAGCUCAUCGACUUCACCCAGGGGCAGAUGAUGGUACUGAAGCUCACUGAGUUGCUAGAACGAGGGGAGAGACUGCCACGGCCCGAGGCAUGUCCCUGUGAGAUCUAUCAACUCAUGAAGAACUGCUGGCAAGCAGAGGCCUCUUUCCGGCCGACCUUUCAGAAUCUCAUCCCCAUCCUCAAGACUGUCCAUGAGAAAUACCAAGGCCAGGCCCCCUCGGUGUUCAGCAUGUGCUGA